AUGGCGAAAACCCUAGCCCGUUCCACCGCUUCACGCGUCUCCAAACGCUUCUUCUCCACCACCGGAGCCACCGCUCCUUCCCCUUCUUACAUCCUUUCCCGUCGAUCUUCCCCGGCGCUAUCGCAUGCCGUCGGAUUAUUCUCCUCCUUGAAUCGAUUCACAACGAUUCGGACUCGGAUGAACAGGUCCGGUAACUCGUACUCGCCGCUCAAAUCCGGGUCGAAUUUCAGCGACCGACCUCCGACUGAGAUGGCGCCGCUGUUUCCUGGCUGCGACUAUGAGCAUUGGCUUAUCAUCAUCGACAAACCCGGAGGCGAAAACGCGACCAGGCAGCAAAUGAUCGAUUGCUAUGUUCAAACUCUAGCCAAAAUCCUCGGCAGUGAGGAAGAAGCUAAGAGGAAGAUAUACAAUGUAUCGUGCGAGAGGUACUUUGGAUUUGGCUGUGAGAUCGAUGAGGAGACAUCAAACAAACUCGACGGAGUUCCUGGUGUUCUCUUUAUUCUACCAGACGCUUGGGUUGAUCAAGAAUACAAAGAUUACGGAGGUGAGCUGUUUGUGAAUGGAGAAGUAGUCCAACGACCACCGGAGAGACAGAGAAGGAUCACGGAGCUAACGACGCAGAGAACCUCUGAUAAACCAAAGUACCACGACCGGACCAGAUAUGUCCGAAGGAGAGAGAACAACAUGAAUUGA